UGAGCAGCUCUUUUUCAUCAAGUACUCUAACCUCUAACUCAUCCUAGACGACUCCUCUCCGGUCUCUAACCACGAAGACUCUGACUGUAUUAUAUCUUCCUCCUCAUCCAGCGCAAACUCUUCACAUAUCCCCCUUUCUAACGACUGUGCUUCAAUUCCUCCUAAAAUAAAGGCUUCAAGAGGUACAAAAAGGAAUCAGUGGUUCCCUGGAGAAGAUGAGACUAUUACCAAAUUGGUUAACAAGUUAGGUACAUCUAAUUGGAAGACAAUUUCAGAUGAAUUCAACAUGAUCACUAAGAAUAAGAAAAGGAGUUCUAAACAGUGAAGAGAAAGGUGGCAUAACCACCUUGAUCCUAAGAUUAACAAGGAGCCAAUCACUCUUGAUGAAGAAAGGAAAAUCUUCGAAUACCAUCUGGAAAUUGGCAACAAAUGGGCAAAAAUAGCAAAUAUCCUUGGAGGAAGAACUGACAACAUGGUUAAAAACCAUUUCUACGGUACUCUCAGGCGCCACCUUCGCAAGCUCAACAAAAUCCUAACUUCAAAAUAAAUUCAAAUCCCUUUGUGUCUCUAACCCCAGGCCUCUCAUCCAAGAUGACCUAUACAAGUACAUCAAGUGUGGAAUAAUAGAUUAUGAUGACUUAAGAUGUGUUUGAUCAAGAGCUGUUUGUAGUGAGCAGAGUGUGUUAGUUGAAAAGUUUAGAAAUGAGGCUAUAGCUCAGGUUAGGGCUGAGGAACAGAGAGUGAAGAGCCUGUCUUUAAGGAAUAGGAGGUCUUCUAGGAUUUUGAAGAGAGAUAAGAGACAUGAAGAGAGUGAUAAUGAUUUAGCAAAAAUUGGCUUCCUUGUUUUGGUUAAGAUUUUAAGGGAUUUUAGAAAGCGAAACAAGGAUAACCUCUUCAGUCUAAUUUGACUAAAAACUAAUACCUCAAUAUUUCCAAGUAGAGUCUCAAAGUUUAUGAGACUCAUCUACAUCUUCUGUUGAAAAUAACAGAGAAUGUACGGAUAGAAGCAUAACAAAGAGCAAUGAGGAAUUUAAACAGAAACAACAGAACAUUCAUUGAGGUGAUAAGUGAAAUAGUACGAAGAAACAUAAUUGUACGAAAGCUGAACGAAGCAUCCACAUUGCUAAGAAAAUUUCGGAAAAUUCUUUGGGAAAAAGUAUUAGUGAAGAGGAGGAAUCAGAUCUCCCAGAAACAGAUACUUUUGGGCAAAACCUUGUUAAUGACAGUACUAAUAGGCUCAAAGCUGGCAUCCUUCAGCAUAAGUUUGGAGGAGUUGAGAAUCUUGCUAAUGACAAUUUUGCAGAUCUUAAUGAUAGACAGAAUCGAAUUGGUUCGGAGGAGACUCUUCCAAUUAUAUCCCAAAUGCAAAGUAAUGAAUGCUUAGAAAUAUCUCAGACUAUAAAUUGCAGAGAGACGAAUGACAAUCACAAUAAAGAUUUCAAAGUAGUAGGCAUGGAUAGGAAUGCCUCGAGAGUUUUAGAUACUUUUGGACCUAUUAGUGAAAAUGGAGAAGAACUAGAUUCUUUUGAAUUGGAGAUUAUGAAUCCAUCGAAACUAAAUGACAUAAAUUUUUAUCAUCCAAAAAUGAAUACAAAAUCUUCAUAUGUAGAUCACACAGCCAGCCAAAUCAACGAAAGUACUUGGCCUUGUAACAAGCAAAUGAGUCUUCCUCCUAAAUUUUUCAACAGUAGCAUGAUGCCAAAAAUGGAAUCUGGAGAUACUAAUAUUUAUGACUUGAACAAACUCAGCGGAUUUUUGAAUAUUUCAUUUGCAAGAAACCAACGAAUUGAACUAGAAAUGGUUGAUGACACUCAUGUACAGAUCAAAACUAUCCUCAAAGAUUCAUCAUUUGUCCUUGCUGAUGAGGGUGAGGCUUCUGAACUCAUGAAUCCUUCCAAACUAAAGUGCGAAGAAUUAUUUCCAUCAUCCCCUUGUUCAGAUCCUUGGUUGCAAAACCAAAUGAUAGAUGCCGAUAGUCUCACCCAAUAUUUUGAUAGACCUGAUAUGACUGAUCAUGGUUAUCCUUCUAACUAUUUAGAAAUCCCCAGUCAUGCCAAACCUUCUGCGCAUCCAGAGGAGUUUAGCAAUUUUUAGGAAAUCCCCCACACCAUUUACUCCUAAGGUGUGCAAAAUUAAACCAUAGGGUGAGAGCAUAAAGAGCAAAAUUAAGAGAGUGGAGAGCUGGUUGCUCUUCACUCUCAAUUAAUUACC